CGGCUGCUCAGCGGGGACUCUACUUCUUGGUGUUAUUACCAGAAAUAUUACUAUUGUUAAUCCGGCAGGGUAAAGUGUUUCAAGCCUCCGGAAUAUUUCUGUCUCAGCCGGGACCUAAGAGCGCAGAGGCGGACUGACUCCAUAGCAUCACAACGCUCUACUUCCAUUUGGACACGUUUGUCGAGUGCGUCUUCUCCUCAAUCCACCUGCCUGCGCGCGUCGGGAACAGGAAGCCCAUGGAGGGAUGUCGCGAUGCUGUGCACAAGGAGAACUAAAACUUUGGUGUCGACAUGUGUGAUCCUGAGCGGCAUGACCAACAUCGUGUGUCUCCUCUAUGUCGGCUGGAUCACCAACUAUGUCGCCAAUAACGGAGGUCCCAAAGUUGCGGAGAGCGGCGGGGAGGCCGACAGAAACUUGGAGGAGGACAGUAAAGGGGAAACGCUGAGGAUUAUCGAGAGGCUCGAUCGGCUGGAGAGCGUCGUCAACGAGCACAUCAAAGAGACCCCUCAGAAGGACGGUGAAGACGCUGCAUCCUCGUCAGACUCUGCUUCAGACUCCGCCUCCUCACUCUUUGACCACUGGGGUCACGACCUGGGCCCAGAGAGUCGAAGGGUCGCCCUCAGGAAGUUCCGUUACUAUGGCUACAACGGCUACCUUAGUGACCGGAUCUCUCUCACCCGGUCGAUCCCAGAUUUACGUCCGGACGGAUGCAGAAACAUGUCAUACUCAACAGAUCUUCCUCAGCUCAGUGUCAUCUUCAUCUUUGUCAACGAGGCCUUGUCAGUAUUGCUGCGCUCCGUCCACACAGCCAUCCAGAGGACUCCGUCACACCUGCUCAAAGAGAUCAUACUUGUAGACGACCACAGCAACAGCGUUGAGCUGAAAGAGCACCUGCAGAGCUUUGUGGAGGAGACCAACGCUCAGCACGGUCCGGGAUUCAUCAAGGUGGUCCGCCAUGACAAGCAGGAAGGGCUGAUCAGAUCCAGGGUCAGUGGAUGGAGGGCCGCCUCCGCUCCUGUCGUCGCUCUAUUCGAUGCACAUGUGGAGUUCAACACUGGAUGGGCAGAACCUAUUCUGCAGAGAAUAAAGGAGGACCGCACCCGGGUGGUGUCUCCCUCUUUUGACAACAUCAAGUAUGAUAGCUUUGAGAUUGAAGAGUACCCGCUGUCUGCUCAGGGCUUCGACUGGGAGCUGUGGUGUCGAUACCUCAACCCACCAAAGUCCUGGUGGACACAACGCAACCACACAGCCCCCAUCAGGAGCCCAGCUCUGAUUGGCUGCUUUGUGGUCGAUAGGAAGUACUUUGAGGAGAUUGGCUUGCUAGAUGAAGGCAUGGAGAUUUAUGGUGGAGAAAACGUGGAGCUUGGCAUCAGGGUGUGGCAGUGUGGUGGCAGCGUGGAGGUCCUGCCCUGUUCGAGGAUUGCACACAUCGAGCGUGCCCACAAACCCUACACAGAGAAUCUGACAGCCCACGUGCGUCGUAAUGCUCUGCGGGUGGCUGAGGUCUGGAUGGACCAGUACAAGAGUCAUGUCUACAUGGCCUGGAAUGUUCCACUACAGAAUUCAGGAAUAGACAUUGGGGACAUCUCUGAGCGAAAAGCCCUGCGGUCCAGACUCCAGUGUCGACCUUUCAGCUGGUUCCUCUCCAACAUCUACCCUGAGCUCCGAUCCUACAGCAACACCGUUGCUUACGGAGUGUUGAAAAACAGUCUGAGAGACAACCUGUGUUUGGACCAAGGACCUGACACUGACAAUGUUCCCAUCAUGUACCUUUGUCAUGGUAUGACACCGCAGAAUGUCUACUACACAAGCUUGCAGCAGCUUCACCUGGGAGUGCUGAGUCCAACGAUUGACGAUGAUGACAACAAGUGUUUGGUGGAUGUGAACAGCAGACCAAGGCUGCUGGAGUGCAGCUACGCAGCCACCAAACACAUGAAGCUCACCUGGACAUUCACUCAGGGUGGCUCCAUCCAGAAUAUGGAGUCUCUGCAUUGUCUGGAGCUGGUGGAGAGCAGACAGUCAGAGUUCAGCUUUCAGCUGGUCAUUCAGGACUGCACAGAUCAGAAAUGGACCAUCACGAACAUACUGACUGUCCUGCCACAGUGAACACACUGACACCAGUCGGCUAAUGGAACACCUUUGUUGUGAUGGACUGCUCGAGUCAGUGAGGAAGUUUGAGGACUUCUUCUGCUGGCCCAGAUCAAUGAUCAAUUGUCACAGAGUUCUGGUGGAGGAAAAAAAAAAAGAGUCCAGUUAGAAAUGGGAAAAAUGCUAAGUAAGCAGCAAAGUACUUGUCCAAAAAAUGAGCUUUAAUACCAGACCUAUUUUUAAGGAGAAUCUGCAUAGGAAAAGAUGUGCUUCAAUCAGACACGGACCAUCAGUAACCUAAUAACCGUUUUAUACCAAUGACCUGAGAGAAGAGACACUCACAGAUGGAGCCGGGGCUCUUAAAACGUCCCUCUCUGCAAUCGAAAUGAGAAAUAUAGCUGCUUGUUUCAUGGGACAGGCCCAUGAAAUCAUGUAAGCACUCUGGUUAUUGCAGGAGCAGUAUUUUGGGUCCCUGUCCACCUUUUAUGAUAGGGCCUGUACUCCUUCCGUCUCAACGCACAAUCACUAUAACAAAUUGAGUGAGUAUUGGUUUCAAUAUGUUUGUGUGCAGAGGGAUGCAAGGUGAGUGACUGAAC